AUGAAAGCAACAGGUGCCUUUAUCCUUCUUUCUCUAGCCCUUUUCUGCUUCUUCUCAGAUGUCACCAGUCAAGGAGGAGGAAAGGAAAAAAGAGGCUGGAUCCCAAGGUUAUCGGGCCGAGUGUUUGGGAAAGGUGUCUUAAGGAAUCGUCUCUCUCACGUGGACUGUGGUGAAUUUAAAGACCCCAAGGUAUACUGCACCAGAGAAUCUAACCCUCAUUGUGGCUCCGAUGGCCAGACUUACGGCAACAAGUGUUCCUUUUGUAAAGCUAUGGUGGAAAGUGGUGGAAAGGUGACAUUAAAACAUCAAGGAAAAUGCUGAAGCUUGACUAGUGUUGUGUGUGGCCCAUCCUCCAGUCUCGACUCCUCCAUUUUUUCUCAUCCCUUUCCUUAUUCUUCUUCUGCCUUAUUUUUCUGUGAGGGAAAACACCACAGAGAAACAUCUUUAACUGACC